AUGAAAGGACUCAACACCAACCAGAGGGCGGGGCUGCGAGGCUGCCAAGUCCACGAGAAAGAACGCGUCCACUCAUGCAACGGUGCACUCGAGUGUUGCUCGGAAGAGAGAGCGCACCAUGACCGCCUAGCGGAGCCAGAGCAAGAGAGAGCGAGAUGCUCUCCCACCUCCUCCCACGGGGGUUCAGCCGAUUCCUAUACUAGUCGACCCUCGGAUUCCGACCUGUCCCUGGAGGACGAUCAGGAGGCGCCUCGGCGUGAAGCCGAGCGCCAGGCUCAGCUGCAGCUGGAGAGAGCCAAGUCGAAACCAGUGGCCUUUGCAGUAAAAACCAAUGUUAGUUAUUGUGGGGCCCUGGAUGAAGAUUGUCCGGUCCAAGGCGCAGCCAUUAAUUUUGAAACCAAAGACUUUCUGCACAUAAAAGAGAAAUACAACAAUGACUGGUGGAUUGGUCGGCUGGUGAAGGAGGGCGCGGACGUCACCUUCAUCCCCAGCCCCGUCAAAUUGGAGGCCAUCAGGAUCAAACAGGAGCAGAAAGCAGCAGCCAGGAAAGGAGGCAACGCGUCAUCCGGGGGUUGGAGAUCCACGCCGCCAUCUGCAGCCAAACAGAAGCAGAAACAGACAGAACUUGUGCCCCCGUAUGAUGUUGUUCCCUCCAUGAGGCCGGUGGUGCUGGUGGGGCCUUCGCUGAAAGGUUACGAGGUGACAGACAUGAUGCAGAAAGCCUUGUUUGAUUUCUUGAAGCACAGGUUCGACGGCAGGAUCUCCAUCACACGGGUGACUGCUGACCUGUCGCUGGCCAAGCGCUCGGUGCUCAACAAGAAGGCCAUCAUGGAGCGAUCCAACACGCGCUCCAGCCUGGCCGAGGUCCAAAGUGAGAUCGAGAGAAUCUUUGAGCUGGCCAAGUCUCUGCAGCUAGUCGUCCUGGAUGCAGACACCAUCAAUCACCCAUCGCAGCUUCUCAAAACCUCUCUGGCCCCCAUCGUCGUCUACGUCAAAGUGUCCUCCCCCAAAGUUCUGCAGAGGCUGAUCAAAUCUCGAGGGAAGUCACAGACCAAACAUCUGAACGUCCAGAUGAUGGCGGGGGACAAGCUUGCUCAGUGUCCGCCUGAGAUGUUUGACGUGAUCCUGGAUGAGAACCAACUCGAGGACGCGUGCGAACACCUGGCUGAGUAUCUGGACAUUUACUGGCGUGCCACCCAUCUACCUUGUUCCGCCCCCGUCAACCCGGUCCAGGACCAAAGCGUCGUCACCCCUCCUUCCGCUAACUCCAGUCAACAGUUCUCUGAGACUCAAGAGUUAAUCGAGUGACCACUUGCGGCCCGGGGCAGCCUAGAGCGCCACCAUGGGGUAGCAGCAGCAGCAGCUUCUCUCCGCCCUGAGUGAGAACAGGGACAAAAGGCAGAAGCAGCUGGAACGUGCCGAAGCGACACAAAAUACGGUUUGGGGUGAAACAGAGGGAGAGGUUGCGAUCGCUCACCGCUGCCCUCUAGGGGAAAGUCACUUGCUGCCGACGCCACAUGACAACUCAGGGUCGCUUUCCGUACACAUUCUGAUAACCUUCUGCUACACACAGACACACACUGACAGUUGACACUGGUUAGGAUGAGACACCUGUCUGUCUGUUUGCCUGUCUGUCUGUCUGUUUGUCUGUCUGUCUGUCAGAAUGAAGCCCACAACACAUGUGAAGCACGAUGGGAACACUUCAACAACCACUACUAUUACUCCUACUGCUAUCGCCAUUACAACUAAUAACUACUACCAGUACCAAUUAAUAAUAAACUACUACUAACAACUACUAUUACUCCUCACUACUAGAAGUAAUACUACUAUUUUUACUACAACUGCUACUACUACUGCCAUUUAGUACUAGCACUAAUUGUCAUGACUACUACUCAGUAGUACUAUUAGUACUAGUAUAUAUUACUUUUACUACUGCUAGUAGUAAUCGCUGAAGUGGGAGUAGUAAUAAUACUACUGCUACUACAUUUACUACCACUAACUACUAUUAUAGUAAUAGUAGCCUGCUGCUUCUGCUGUCUUUACAAUUCCAACUAUUAGUAAAAACUGCCGUGAAUAGCACCUAGUAGUACUACUACUACCAACUUUGAUUUACCAUCCACUACUACUAGUAGUACUAUCACUACUAUUUACUACUACUAAUGCGAAUAAUACUAUUACAAAGAUUACCUGCUUGUACUGCACUGGGGAAAUGUUGAAUUUACUGAAAUAAAAUCAUCUGGAUCAGAUAUAUUUUUAAAAGUAAACUUUUUUUCAAAUAUACCGACGAUGAUGACAGAAGAUGAAGUAAAUUCAACACCUUUUUUUAGUGUGGUGACUACUAGUAGAUCGUAAUUGUGGAUGUAUUUACUAAUGCUGCUACUUGUGGUAGUAUUUGUAUCCCAUUAUACUACUAAUUAACAAAUACUGUAAAUGAGUAGUGCCAAGGUACCACUAGUACUAUUUUGAGUACGGCAGAGGCUAAGAUCAGUAAGACACGCACGCAUUUCUCUGUCAACAUGUGUCGUGGGCUUAAGACGACAAACACAGGUGAAAGCUUCCCAGGGCUCCUCACUAACUCCGUCUUCCGUCUCUACUGAGCUGACAUUCCAGUUGAACCAAACGCGAUUCCUGAAAAUGGCACAAAUUGUUUCUAAGCGUCGACAUGCUAGCGGUCGACAUGCUAGCAGUCCACAACGCGGCGGAAUCUUGAAUUUUUCAAGUUGCUUGAUUUCCUUCCGAUCCGCCGGUAGCCUUUUUUUGUAUAGUUUCUUUUCUACACUAAAUGUCAUGUAGUCAUGGAUGACAUAUCUUUCUUGCACACCGCCAUGCAUGUCAAGCACAAGACUCGCAAGGGAAACAAACUUCCUCGUAGCCAUUUGUCACUUUUUAUGGAUGUACAACUGCCAACGCACUCAUUUGCAUCUUUCAUGACGUCGGUCAUAUUUCCAACAAGGUCAGAGAAGCAACUCAAAACAAAGUGUUUCUACCAAAAGGUGUUUAUAUUCAGGGUAUUGAUGCAAAUCAGUCGCAUAAAUCAAUUCAACGUAUCAACAUUGAUGUCAACGUUAAUAUCAACAACCAAAAAUGCUUAGUCAGACAAAAACAGCAACAACAAAUCAACCUGACAUGAGUAAACGUUGAUAUCUGAUGCUAUUUUAAGAUUUAUGGCCAAUUAGAAAUGACUUUUCCUUAAGCACUUUAAUGGAUUUUGGAGAUUUUGUGUUGUGAAAUUGGAAAUGACUUGGUAUAUAUUGGCUACAUCAUUCCAAAACACAUUUUCUUGUAUCAUUUGAAGCAUAAAAGUGAUCAUAAUUCAUGGUCAGGAUGACAACCUGUUGUGGUAUAUUUGAGUUGAUACAGUUUUUCAUUCACUUCUGGUAGCAAAUUGCAGUAUCUAUAUAAAAAAAAAAUACUGACAUGAAUGAAACUAAUGCUCAACUUAGUCAUUUUGAUGACUUGAAAUGCAUAUUUACAGUGUAAACAAAUCCAUAAUGUUAUAUUUUCUUUUAUUUAGCCUCCUGUCAUGGACCACCCAUCAGCUGGUUAUUAUUGUAAAUAAUGUAACAUGCAUGACCUCAUUGUAUUGCAGUUUCAUCAGAAGGACUUGGCAGGAUCACGUGACUCAUCCAAUGUUAUCAAAUGCAUUAUCAAGGCUUUAUUGUACAGGCUUAGGAUGGACAGAAUAGAAUUAUAAAUUGUUCUGAUUAGGAUGAUUAUCCAACUGCACACAAACUGAUAACAGAACGCAUGUUUUCUUUUAAUGCUCUCCACAUUUUAGAAAACAGUGGUACUGCCAAGUUGGACCCCGAUCUUUCCAAUUUAGGUUUUAAAGUGGAACAAUUUGAUUUUGGUUCCAUUCGCCUCUUUUAAAUCCAAACCGAUUGUUUCAAAUCUUUUUUUUGUUUUUGUUACAUAUUUAGGCUAACGGAUGCCAAACUGGAAAGCCACUGUUUAUACAUAUAAUUACAAAAAUUUCAGGAUGCGGUCUUGAUGAAAAUUCGUGACAAGGUCUUUGUACUCCUAUUAAUGGCAAUUUGAUAAAACGGGAUGCAGAAUCUUAUUAAGAUACAAUAAAUAAAAUAAAAGCGUGAUAGGCAUCCUACUGGAGCUCACGAGACUCAAGCACACAGCUUAUAUAUUUUCUGCCGAGAAUUUGUUUUCCAAAAUGCCUGAGCUGACUCUUUGCUUCCAUGAAAUUAAACCUGAGCUACCUAACGUUUGCGGAGAUCCAACUUCAAGGUGCCACUGAAACAACAUUCAGUAAUUUCCUGCUUAUCAACUUUCGUACCCAAACGUGGUUAUGGUUCUAAAAAAAAAAAAAACGCAAAGCACACUUUCUUCUUGGAGGUUCUGUAUGCAAUACAAAGUAGAGCUUUGCCCUGAAACACGGCUUAGACUAUCAACCUCCUCAGGUCUAUCGUGGAGUAUGUUUGCACUACACUGUAUUUUUCUUGUCUGCUUUAUGAUGCAAUAAAUGCACUAAGUUCGGA